AUGGCACCACUCGCAAGUUUAGAACUUCAGAUCUCCCAGACAGCAUGGUUAAGAGGCCCAGACUUUUUCCGAAGUAUCAAGGUUGAUGAUGUGAAUGAACACUUUCCUCUUAUUGAUGCUGAGAUUGAUAAAGAGAUAAAGAAAGAAAUGCUUGCCAGGAAAACAUGUGCCUCUCAGGUCAUUGAUGACACCAAUUUGCUUGAGUCUACAGUAAUACUCAUCAUCAAGGAAGCGCAAUUAGAAACUUAUGGUGCAGAAAUCAAGGCCAUUAGAAAUGGCAGUGAUCCCCCAAAGAACAGUCCCCUCUUACCCUUGAAUCCCAUCUUGGGUGUUGAUGGUCUCCUUCGUGUCGGUGGACGUAUCCGUAGUAAGCAAGCCAAGCCGGGUGGUGACCAGCAUUCAGCCCAUCCCAUUAUAAUUCCAAAGAGCCAUCAUGUUGCUGUUCUGAUCAUUCGUCAUUAUCACUCCAAGAUACACCACCAGGGCAGACAAAUGACAGAAGGGGCUAUACGAUCUUUUGGUUAUUGGAUUGUCAACGGAAAGCGCAUGAUUUCAUCUGAGAUCCACCACUGCGUUGCUUGUAGAAAACUUCGUGGGAAGAUUGGAUGGGUUCAGAUGGUAGACUUACCAGAGGAUCGACUGCAAGAAGCUCCACCAUUUACAUUUGUUGGUUUAGACGUCUUCGGACCCUGUAUUUCACCCUCUCAGGAGGAGGCACAAUAA